AUGGCUGAGUUGACUUCGGAGGAAAUCAUCGGUAGAUUGAAGGCCUGUGUACAUGAUGAACCACGGCUUAUUCAUUUUGCGCAGAGCCUCGGGCAGGAACACUUGGCCGAUAAGAGAGAUGCGGCACAUCAGCUGAUGGCGAAAGUGGAACCCCUGGCACACCAAAUCUGGGGACCCCAAGUGCAACUGGUCUUGCACGGCUCUCGGGCCAAAGGCACCUUCACCGACGACUCGGAUUUCGAUUAUCAUAUUGAGAAAACUGGGCGGCCAGUGACCAUGGAUGAGAUGUACAAAUUGAAGAGUUUGUGCAAUCGGCUUCCAGGGGUGUCCACCAUUCCCAGGAUUAAAAUGGCUCUGAGCAUAUCUUACAAGGUCGAGGCGUUGCAGGAGGGCAGUAUUUAUGUUGAAAUCGCCCCCGAGAGCGCGGACUAUAUCGACGAUGCCGCAACUAUCGAACCCUUGAUCCAGCGGGCAGGCACAUAUUUUUUGGAGAACACAUCGGCAUGCCUAACAGUGAAGCUCCUCAAGUUCCUGUUUCAGCGCACCCAGCCCCGACUGAAAGCCUGCGCGAUCGAGCAGCUUGUCCAAGAAAUGCAUUCGAAAGUUGUGUACAAGUAUCUUGCAGGCCGUGACUGCGGACCACAGGCCCUGCUCUUGUUGUGCUGCAAGCAGAUACUGGAAGAUGAGCAUCAGGAGUUUGCGGCGAUGAAGGGAACUGUGGGUAAGAUCUUUCCUCAGGGACUGCCGAGGAUACAUCUUCCAUCUCGGGUCGGGUUGAUGCAGACGCGCCGCGAUCCAGAGCUUAUGCUCAGAGAGGUUUCUCCACUCACGUGCAGUCCAGAGCGUGCAUGGCGCGAGAUGUCUCCACCUACUCACGGCUACAGCCAAGAAGUUGACCUCCGCCCGAGACCUCAAGCAGGAGACCAGUCUCAGCAGCCAGUGGUGUCUUCGACCUUGCGCCAGAGGGGCCGCUCACAGGAACGAAGGCAGAGCACGGGAGCUGCAGCGCUCUCCCUCACGACAACAGACACAUUCGCAGAUCAGAUCUUAGCAGCUGCCACUUCAAGGCUUACCGAGCCCAAGUUUUGGACCUCGGGCGUGGUGCGUCCGAGGCUGUCUUUCGAUUGA